AACCCGUGCUCCACAAUGAUAACAAUAACUUUCGUCAUCUUCUUAAUCGCCGUCAUUUACUACCUGGUGCAUCUAAAUCAUCAGCACUGGAAGAAACGAGGGAUAAAUGGCCCCAAACCGGUUUUUCUGGCCGGGAAUAUGGGAAGGUCGCUACUUUUGCAACUCCAACCGGGCGAAAUCUUCACCGACAUUUACAGAAAAUACAACAACGAAACCAUCGUUGGUGCUUUUAAGUCCUUCACUCCUUUCUUAAUAAUCCGCGAUCCCGACCUCAUCAAAGAAAUCACCAUAAAAUCGUUCAGCCACUUUCGGGACAACGACGUCGAGGUUGAUAAAAAAGUGGACCCUAUUUUUGGACGCAACCCUUUCGUUUUGAAGGGUGAAGAGUGGAAGGUGGUUAGGGCCCAAUUAACACCAGCAUUUACGAGCGGGAAGAUGAAGUGGUUGUACCCAUCCUGGGAAAACAACAGCUCCAAAAUGGUACAAUUCCUGGAACAACGCCCCGACGCCACCAACGGAAACGGCUACGAAGCCAAAGAGCUCUGCACCCGUUUCACUUUGAACAACGUCGGCGAUUCGGUCUUCGGAAUCGACGCAAAAUGUUUUGACGAAGACAACAGCGAAUUCCGACAAUUGGCGAAAGAUUUCUUCACGCCGGGCAGCUGGACCAUCAUUACCAUCCUCAUAGCAAAUAUUUUUCCUUUCGUUAUGAAGAUCUUGCCGAUCAGGUUUUGCCCCAAAUCCGUCGAGAAAAAACUCACCCAAAUAGUGUCCCAGACUUUGCAGUACCGCGAAGACAACAAUAUUGUCAGAAACGACUUUCUUCAAAUCAUACGUGAACUGAAGAAAACUAGUAAAGAUUACGAGUUUACGGACUUGGAUGUGACGGCUCACGCCGCUGGGUUUUUCGGUGAUGGGUACGAAACGAGUUCUCAGGUGAUGAGUUUUGUGCUUUACCAUCUAGCUGCGAACGAAGACGUCCAAAUGAAGCUUCGUAACGAAAUUAAUAAAGCGUUUGAUGGAAGAGAACGACUACCGUACGAGGUACUGCAAACUUUAACGUACAUGGAUGGGGUUUUCAAUGAAACCUUAAGGCUAACCCCGCCAGUUUUCUUCCUCCAGAAAAUGUGUACCGAAGACUUUUCCUACGUUUCCAAAGAUAACAAGUCGGUACUCAUCGAAAAGGGUACACCCAUCGUGUUACCCAUUUAUGGGCUUCAAACCGACCCGCAGUACUUCGAGGAUCCGGAAAGUUUCAAACCCGAGAGAUUCUUGGCGGAAAAUAAGGAACGUGUUAAGAAGUGUACUUUCAUGCCAUUUGGAGAGGGACCAAGAGCUUGCCUAGGGCAAAGAUUUGGUGCCUUGCAAGUAAAAGUCGGUGUGAGCUAUCUCAUCAAGAAUUUCGAGCUCCGUCUCAACAAGAAGACACAAGUACCCUUGAAGUUUGACCCUGCCAAUGUUUUGGUCGCCCCGAUCGGCGGACUGUGGAUUGAUUUUAAGAAGAUCGCUUGAUUUGUUUAUAAAUUUUGUCACUCGAAUGCGUAAAUAAAAAGAUACUAUUUACGAG